AUUAGUUUUUAAUUGCGCAUGUGCUCUUAAUCGAACGUGGUUCCAACGAAGUUCGUCGUCGGCACGAUGGUUUCCAGUCAAUGGACCCAUGUUAUCAAGCAACUUCGAGAAGUUGCUGUCAUUGUCACGGGAGGAAUGGUUUGCUUCUCAGGCAUCUCAAUAUAUCAGGGAAAUGAGAAGUUCUACAGCCAGUUUGUGAUGCCAGCUGUGAAAAUCCUGAGUCCUGAGAAUGCGCACAGAUUUGGUGUUGCCUUAGCAAAAUAUCGGCUCUUUGGAAGGUCAUCUGUAGCUGAUCCUGCUAUUCUGAAUACUAAGGUAUGGGAUCUUGAAUUUCGCAAUCCUGUGGGUGUGGCAGCUGGCUUUGAUAAACAUGGAGAAGCUGUUGACGGACUUUUGAAGAUUGGUUUUGGUUUUGUAGAAGUUGGCAGUAUUACCCCAAAACCUCAGCCUGGCAAUCCAAAGCCGAGGGUGUUUCGAUUAGAUGAAGAUUGUGCUGUGAUUAAUAGGUAUGGUUUCAACAGUGAUGGGCAUGAAGUGGUGUACAACCGUUUGAUGGAGCGGAAUGAGAAGACUGUUAAAAUUAACUCACUAAUAGAUGAUUCCAGAAACAUGUUGAACCUAAACUUUUGGGCUGAUAAAUUCAAUUCUUUCACAUCCCAACACAAAGAACCAGGAAUUCUUGGCAUAAAUUUAGGCAAAAACAAAACAUCUGAAAAUUCUGAACAGGACUAUGCAAGUGGAGUUAGUUUAUUUGGUCAGCUGGCUGACUUCUUAGUGGUGAAUAUUUCCAGUCCAAAUACUCCUGGACUGCGGAAUCUGCAGGGCAGAGAAAAUUUAGAGAAAUUGAUUGACAGGGUGUUGCUGGAACGUGACCAGUUGAAGUGUGAGAGGAAACCUCCAAUUUUGGUGAAAAUAGCUCCAGAUUUAACAGAAUCUGAUCGGCAAGAUAUUGCUCAUGUUGUAAUGAGAGAACAUAGUCUUAUUGAUGGUUUAAUAAUCAGCAAUACCACCGUAUCUCGAGACAAAAGCUUGAUCAGUAAAAACCGGAAGGAAACUGGAGGACUUAGUGGUGUACCACUGCGCGAAAUGUCUACACAGAUACUUAGUGAUAUGUAUUCUUUGACUCAAGGAAAAAUUCCAAUCAUUGGAGUUGGUGGUAUCAGCUCAGGAAAAGAUGCCUAUGACAAAAUCCGAGCUGGUGCUAGUCUGGUAGAGCUUUAUACUGUCAUGACAUAUCAAGGUCCUGUUGUCGUUAACCGAAUUAAAAGAGAAUUAGCAGAACUUCUACAAAAAGAUGGCUAUUCUUCUGUGUCUGAUGCUGUUGGAGCUGACCACCGUAGCAGUUAGUAAACUUUUGUGAUAGAAAAGAUACUUAUGUGUUGUAGAAAAUAUAUGAGUGUGUGUGCGUAUAUAUAUAUAUAUGUAUGUAUAUAUGCAUGCGUUUGUGUGUGUAUACUAGCAGACAUACCUAGUGUUGCUUGGGAUUUAAAUGGAAUAGUUUGUAUAUAUGGUACAGUUAAGUUGAAAUAUGUCAUACGGGGAAGUGCAGUAUUGACAACAAAGCAUUUGUGGAGUAAAUGAAGGGCUAAUUUGACUAAGUGACAUGUCAUGUGUCUGCUUGGGAGAUUCCAGGCCCUAACCUUGUCAUGGUGGAGUUAUGUGAUUUUUGAAUGCAUCAAAAUGCUCUCAGUGGAUAUACUUUCCUUUGUGGCUGUCGGUGCUGCCGCUACCAUGCUGAACAAUCAGCAGACAUAGGAACUACAUCCAUGUGAUAAAUUAAGCCUGUGGGUGUGCUCAACAACCACAUGAGAGAAAUCUACAUGAAAGAAAUGAUGUGAUAAGGGGGUAGGGAUUGGCUGAAGUUGUUAAUGCAGUAUUCCCAGCCAGGUGAAUACUACACUGCUCAUCACUUUCCAUUGCUCUUGUAGUAGCUGUACAUGCAGCAUUUUGUGAUUGUCUAAUUAAAAUUUCACGUAACGAUUCGUUUGCUCUCCUUUUCAAUUUCUCUGCUACCUCCAUUUUUUGACCAAUGGAGGAUCUCUUCUUUGGAGACAUUAUGUCAAGAAAUAUCACAUAAUAAACUAAGAUGACAAUUGUACAUUAAUAAUGAAAUGUCAAUAAAAAAAGGUAAAUAUCACACACACAAACUGAAUUUUAUACAUAUAGAUAUAUACAUACAUAUUUGUUAUUUCUUACUGGUUUCAGUCAUUGAUCAUAUCCAUUUUAUCCUCAUAUUGUUGUUCAACUGCAUGUCAGUUCUAAUUGAACAGACCCAUGAUCAAAGGCAGGCCAACCAUGGCCACACCAUCUCUUUUUCUUUUCCUUUUUUGGCAUAUUUAACCUAGGACCACUUUGUCCAAGGUGUUCUUUUCUUAGAUAGCUGGGUAUGAUUUAAGGGUGAUUUUGCUGUUAUGUCUCGUAGGUCUAGUAACUAUGUCUAGGCUGCUUCUUUGGCUUAUCCUUAUGCUUUAUAUACAUUUACACACGCACACAUACACACACUAAACCAUUUCUUUCUGCUCUAGUUGUUUCUGUCCCUCAACCAAACUGUAGCUAUUUGGUUCUCAAUGCAACCACAUUUGCAAAUGAGCUUACACACCCUAACUUAUUCACCAUAUCAGAGAGCUGUUAAACACAAGGUGUAUUGCCUCCUCUCAUUUGAUUAUUUGAUACUAAGAGGAUGUUAGCUAUAGUAAUGUCUGUGAAUCAACAUUAAGUAUUAUUAGUCUCCUGAGUAUUCCUCUCAGCAUCAGGGUUCAUGUUUGUUGCUGUUUGAAAAACUAGGGUAACAUCCCCCAGAUGUCUCUUCCAUGGGAGCACCCAUGGCAGCAUUUAUUUUUACUUGUGAUGUCCUUGUGGGAGUUAAAAAGAGCAAUUGACAAUUUACAGGGAAUUAGUGUUUUACUUGGAAAUUGAUAUAGAGGGAAAUCUGUCUCAUAGGUAGUAGGUAGGUAAAAGGUACAUCUUGAAACUGAAAUAUUUCAUUGAUUGGAGGUGAUUGGAAUAUAAAUGGUUGGGUGGUGGGAUUGAAAUCACUGCAAGUUUGACAUUUUGGUGUAAAUAUGGUAUUUGGGUUUGGUAUAAGAGAAAAGAAAAUUUUUGUAAUAACUUAAUACUAUUUGGUAUUUUGGGAUGUAAUUAUGGGUUUUUGAUUGUAAAUAAUUUUGUAUAUCAUCAUCAUCAUCAGUUGUAAGUAAAGUACAUCAUUCAUAAAGAUCUCUCUCUCCUCCUUAGAUUUUAAGAAAAACAGAGAUAGAAGCUAUUACAAAGAGAGAGAGAGAGAGAGAGAGAGAGAGAAAUAUUGCUGGUGGGGAAGGAAUGAGUUUUAAAGGUUGUUAGUGUUGUUUUGUCCCCUGGUCAGUUAUGGAUUGAGUUUACCACCUGCUAGACAUCCCGUUCACUCUUCUAGCAAUUUUGAUCUGAGUUUAUUUUACACCUCUGAAUUACAAGCACAUAUACAUGUGUGCACACAAACACACACAAUGUAUUAUUCACUUUGUAUAACUUAACUCUCUGCUAAUAUCAGUGAUGAUGGUGGUGGCGCAGUUUGUUAACUGUAUCCCUUUCUCUAACAUUUUUUGUUAAUUAUUACUUAUUUCCAGGUUACCUAUCAUGGUGUAUAUAUGAUCAAAAGUGUUUCACUUCAACCAUGACCUUGUGUGUUUUGGGGUUGGGUGCACACUGUAUGUUAGGUUACGUUAUAUAGUGUGUCUUUUCGUUUUAAGGUAGUAGGGUAAUAUUUGAAGGGGAUUUAACUGUUAUUUCUAGCUAAUCUAGAAAUCUAUUGUGGUCUAAUUCCUUGGUUUUGUUUAUUUCUAAAUCUCUGUGAUUGUAUGAUGACAUUUUCUUUUAGCAAGUUAAUGGUAAUUCUUGCCAUAAUUAAUACCACAGAAAUAAUUGAAGUUCUGAGAUCUUCAUUUCCAUUUUUCAUAUUUUUCUUUUAUUGUUAAUCCGUUGUAUUCUAUGGAGUCAUGCUCUGUCACUUUCUUGUGUAACCAAACAGAUACAUAACCUGUCUACGAUAAAUUUAAUGACAGUUAACCAUUUGUGAAUCCUGCUCCUGCUUGCUCUGAACUUUCACCUUAUUUACAAUUGAUGAUGAUGUUGGUGGGUAGUGAGCUCAGUGUUACUCUGUUCUCUGUCACUUAUUUAUUUAUCCAUUAUUAUAUUAUGGUUAGUGAGCAUUAACAUUGUUGGCUACAAGUUUCCAAUGGGGUGGUCCACUACUUUUCUGGUAACUAGUCACAAUGGAAUGUCUGUAACUUGAGGCAAAACAAAUAUCAAUAGAGACUUUUUAAAACAAAAAACAAACCCCAUUUUUUUUUUUUGUUUCCUUACCACUGAUAUAUUUUGGUUUCAAAUUUUGGCACAAUGCUGGCAAUUUUGGAUAAGGGGCAGGCUAAUUUUAUUGACUCUGAAAGGAUGAAAGGCAAAGUGGACCUCAGCAGAAUUUGAAUUCGCAAUGUACAGAUAAAUGAAAUGCUGCUAACAAUUCUGCCAGCUUGUUGCCUUCACUGAUAUAUAUUAGUGAAAGACACCUACAUAUAUAUAUGACAGGCUUCUGCAUAGUUUCUAUCUACCCAUUCCCACUUUUAAGGAAUUCAUUAGAUGAAAGCUAUUGUGAAAGGCACUAGGUGAGGUGCUCUGUAAUGGGAAUAAACCUGAAACCAUAUGGUUGCCAUGGAAGUUUCUUAACCAUGUAGCUAGGUUGUCUGUGGCUGUAAUCACCUUUGACUUUUGUACUUCCAUGGGCAACAAAAUAAGUACCAGUAAUAUACUGUUUCAUUUCUUUUGUUUACACUCUAGCCCUGCUUUACAAAUGAGAUCAUUAUGCUGCUGUUGUUGCCUUUGAUAAAACACACCUAUUGUUCAAGGUAUUCUAGCAUGACCAUCUGUUCCUUUUUUAUAUCAAUGAUUACAUUGUGGCCAGUUUGUGUUUUUUCUUUAAGACUAGGGUUUUGUUUGGCUCCUAUUUUUAGCAGGCUUCUCCAUUAAUUCAACAAGGCUGCAGUAUUUUCCCUCUUAGCAAACUGAGUCUGUGAUAUCUUUUGUCUUCAACAUCUUUCUAUAUGGUAAAUGUUUUUUGGGGAAAGACAGCUUCUCAAGUCCCCUCAUAUUUCUGUAACUCUUAGACUUUAUACCUAUGUAAACACACACACAUGCAAGAGAAGUGGUGCAAACUAUCUUCUUUGACAUCUGUUUCCAUAAGAGGUGGUCCACAAUGUAAAAGAUGUGUACUCAACGCUUAUCAAUCUGCUUUCACUUUUGAAUCUUAUCUAUAGCAAGAUCAGCAACUUGACUGAAUCUAACAUUACAUCAGGCUAGACUAUAAUUACCUUAUGAAAUAUAUGUCAUUUGCAAAUUUUAUUUAUUUCUUUGGUUGUUCACAUCAAACAAGUUCAAUGACAAUCAAUAUUUUUGAAUGCAAAAUAUUAUCAGCUAAGAAACUAUAAAAAACUGUGCCAGAUAUAUGUUUCCCUAAGUAUACAUUUAUAAAUACACAGACACAGACACAUGUACACAGCAUGCAGUGGGGUUCUUUAUAUAGAAACCAUGCCACAUACCUUCUAAUCCUGUUAUGACUGACCUUUACAUUUUUACCUCAUGCCAACGUUAAGAUUUUAAUGGCUAUACUAAUUAACUAUGGCCAUCCUUCUCUUGGUACUUAAGGAGAAACUUAUUUUUGUUAAUGAGAUUUGAUGCAAAACUAUGUUAAUUCGAGAAACUAGUUCCAGCAGAAGGCAAUUCUUACGACAGUAAAAUAUUUGAAAUAUA